CGUGCGUGUCGGUUGAGCUCCAAAACACUUUCAAAGAUGGCGUUGUCUAGUGUCUUGCAGAGUGAGUCUGCCGAUUUUUCAUUUAAUAAUGACCUGUCUUUUUCAUUUGGUUGUGGAUUCGGUCAGACCGACUUGGGAUUUGGGGCUGCACCGGGCGACAGACUUAAUUUCGCCAUAAAAGCUUCACUCGGCCCUGACGAGGAGGACGGCCCGGAGAGGAAAAUAGAAUUUCUCCAUGGGACUACCACCUUGGCUUUCAAAUUCCAACAUGGCGUCAUCGUGGCGGUGGACUCUCGGGCCACAGCUGGCGCCUAUAUCGCCUCCCAGACUGUAAAGAAGGUUAUAGAGAUUAACCCUUACCUGCUGGGCACCAUGGCUGGAGGUGCAGCUGACUGCAGCUUCUGGGAGCGCCUGCUGGCCCGCCAGUGUCGCGUCUAUGAGCUUCGCAACAAGGAGCGCAUCUCUGUGGCAGCUGCCUCCAAGCUUCUGGCCAAUAUGGUGUACCAGUAUAAAGGCAUGGGCCUCAGCAUGGGCACAAUGGUGUGUGGUUGGGACAAGAGGGGGCCAGGGUUGUACUACGUGGACUCGGAGGGGAACCGUGUGUGCGGGGACCUGUUUGCAGUGGGCUCUGGGUCCAUGUAUGCGUACGGUGUGGUGGACAGCGGGCUGAGACAGGAUCUUUCUGUGGAUGAGGCGUGUGAGCUGGGCCGCAGGGCUAUCUACCAGGCCACGUACCGAGAUGCCUACAGCGGAGGACAGGUCAACCUGUACCACGUCCACAGUGAGGGCUGGACCAGAGUGUCCCAGGAAGACGUAUUGAAGCUGCACCACCAGUACCAAGAACCAAAGAAAUUGAGAGGGGAGGGAGGAAUGGUCGAAGGAGAUGGAGGGAGGGCGUUGUAGUUUCUCGGUCAAGAGUUUGAGAAUUAUAAAAAUUAGGGAUGGUUGAUAAGGAUAUAGCAAUCAUUUCCUUCCGUUUUGGAUUAAUUUCACUUACACGUCUGUUAUGGUUUACUUUCAGAUAUGUUCCUAGCUAUUUUAAAUGUUUGAACAUUUUUCACAAACAAUGGGCUGCAGUUCCCCCACAUGGUGUUUGAUAUGGGGGGCUCAAUAUACGGCUCACUCAGUCUUGGAGUAGUCUCUCUCUUACACUGUUAUAGCUCUACCUUGUAACCACAACUGGGAAAGCAAGUCUUUUCUCAAUAAACCCUGAGAUGUUUUUUUCA